AUGCCGCUCAACGCCGAAACCCUCGCAAACCUCCAGAUAUUAAUCGACUCCGCUUGUAGCGACACCACAAGUAAGAUACCAGGGGCCACAGUCGCUGUAAUUGGGAAAGAUGGUAGAGAGUUAUUUUCCCACGCAGCGGGCAAAAGAGGCGUUUCUUCCUCCGACCCAAUGACACUGGAUACAAUCUUCUGGAUCGCAUCGUGCACGAAGCUGCUCACUGCUAUUGCAUGCAUGCAGCUUGUGGAACAAGGCCAUCUCGAGCUAGACAAUGGGUUGCAACUCGAGGCUCUCUGUCCGGAGCUGAAAAUUCUAAAGGUAUUGAGAGAUGACGGCACCUUGGAGGAAAAGAAAGUAGCAAUCACGCUAAGAAUGCUGUUGACUCAUACUGCUGGCUUUGGGUACACUUUCUUCAAUGAACGACUAAGGAAUUGGUCGCUCCCUAUCGACAUAGAUGAAUUCUCGGGGAAGAUGGAGGAUAUUAAGACGCCGCUUUUGUUUCAGCCUGGUGAGGGAUGGGAAUAUGGAGUCAGUCUAGAUUGGGCAGGACUGGCAGUUGAGCGCGUCACAGGUCUCUCUCUGAAAGAAUACCUGACACAGCACAUUUUCCAGCCGUUGGAAAUUGAGAACAUGUCGAUGAUUACGAACGAGGAUAUGCGUAAGAAACUUGCGCAUAUGCAUCAUAGAACUAGUGAUGGGAUAUUGAUCCCACGAGAUCAUCUCCUUCGUGCACCGUUGGUGAUCGAUCUAGAAGACGACGCGGCGAAGAAGGUUUUCAAUAGUGGUGGUGCGGGAAUAUUCACAAAGCCACAAGAAUAUUGCAAAAUCCUCGCCGUUCUCCUGAACGAUGGGAGUUGUCCACGUACUGGAGCACGAAUCCUCGAAACUAAAACUGUACAAGACAUAUUCGAGAAUCAAAUUCCCCAAUUCCCCCAUUUCGGACGCCAGGGUAUCUCCGCUUCUAAGCCAGAUCUGACAAACUCGAUCUCGGAUAUAUACCCGAUCUCCGAAGAGGCCCCACAAGGUUGGGGGUUAUCCUUUAUGCUGAGCAAUAGCCAAGCGACCGGAAGAUCCAUAAACACGGCACACUGGGCCGGGUUAGCGAAUCUUUUCUGGUGGUGCGAUCGCGCAAAGGGAGUGGCGGGUAUUGUGUGUACGCAAAUACUUCCAUUUGCGGACACAAGAGGUGCUCAAGCUGUGGGCUGGGGUUGA